UCUCGCCGUGAGAAGUAGCCGGAUCGAUACCCAAUAGCUGUUUCCUCUGUCGUUAUCGAUCCGCGCUGCAGGUGUCAUCUCUCCCCGAGUCUCGGAGGCUGUUCCCGCUCGGUUCCCGCUUGACUUUCUCUCAUUCACCUGUCGUGGAAACAUGCUGCGCGUGAGGACGGCUGUGUGCCAGUCCUGGAGGGGGUUCAGGACGUUCCCAUGUGCCGCUGUGGAGGUGAAAAAUGAGCCGAUCCUGGGCUUUAAAGAGGGCAGUGCAGAGAGGAAGGAGCUGCUGAAGGCGCUGGAGAGUCUAAAGGGGAAGACAGAGGAGAUCCCAUGUGUGGUCGGAGACGAGCAUGUUUGGACCAAAGAUGUCAGAUAUCAGCUUUCUCCGUUCAAUCACUCCCACAAGGUGGCCAAGUUCUGUUAUGCAGACAAGGAGCUCAUCAACAAAGCCAUCCUGGCGUCUGUGGCGGCGAGGAAAGAGUGGGACCUGAAGCCUGUCCAGGACAGAGCCCAGAUCCUUUUCAAGGCAGCCGACGUCAUCGGUGGACCCAAGAGAGCAGAAAUCCUCGCCAAGACUAUGAUCGGGCAGGGUAAGACAGUAGUCCAGGCAGAGAUCGAUGCCGCUGCAGAGCUGAUCGACUUCUUCAGAUUUAACGCCAAACACGCCAUCGAGCUGGAGACACAGCAACCGCUAGACGCUGAGGGAAGCACCAACACCAUGUUAUACCGAGGCCUGGAGGGCUUUGUGGCAGCCGUGGCCCCCUUUAACUUCACUGCUAUCGGUGGAAACCUGGCAGGAACCCCGGCUCUCAUGGGUAAUGUGGUGCUGUGGAAGCCCAGCGACACCGCCAUGUCAGCCAGCUAUGCCGUCUACAAAGUCCUGAGGGAGUGCGGCAUUCCUCCUAACAUCAUCCAGUUCCUACCUGCUGAUGGUCCCGUGUUUGGAGACACCGUCACCUCCUCUGAGCACCUGGCCGGCAUCAACUUCACCGGCAGCGUCCCGACGUUCAAGCGUCUUUGGAAGCAGGUGGCACAAAACCUGGACACCUACAGGACCUUCCCUCGACUGGCCGGAGAGUGCGGUGGGAAGAAUUUCCACUUUGUCCACACGUCUGCAGACGUCGAGAGCGUGGUGAAGGGGACGAUCCGCUCAGCGUUUGAGUACGGUGGUCAGAAGUGUUCGGCCUGCUCCAGGAUGUAUGUACCUGACAGCAUGUGGCCGAAAAUCAAGCAGGAGCUGCUGGACAUCCACAGAAACAUCACUGUGGGAGACCCUGUGGAGGACUUCAGCACCUUUUUCUCAGCUGUGAUCGACGAUAAGUCGUUCGCUCGGAUUAAGAAGUGGCUCAACCACGCCAAGUCUUCUCCUAACUUAAAAAUCAUCGCCGGUGGGAACUGUGACGACAGUAAGGGUUACUUCGUGGAGCCGACCAUCGUUGAGACCACAGACCCGAAGGACGCCAUCAUGAACGAGGAGAUCUUCGGGCCCGUCCUGUCCGUUUACGUUUAUCCUGAGAAACAGUACAAGGAGGUGCUGCAGCUGAUCGACACCACGUCACCGUACGCCCUGACGGGAGCCGUGUUCGCUCAGGACCAGAGCGUGAUCAGCGAGGCGGCCAGAGCUCUGAGAAACGCCGCUGGGAACUACUACGUCAACGAUAAAUCCACAGGCUCCAUCGUGGCUCAGCAGCCAUUCGGGGGCGCCAGAGCUUCAGGAACCAACGAUAAACCCGGCGGUCCGCACUACGUCCUCAGGUGGACGUCUCCUCAGGUAGUGAAGCAGACCCACGUCCCCCUCACAGACUGGAGGUACCCCUACAUGGGCUGAGAGAGUCCGCUCCUGCAGCCUGCUGGUCCAAUCAGAACCCCCCCGUCCAUUAGCCCCGCCCCCCUGCGUUUGCACUGAACCUGGAGGAAUGUAUUUGAGUGAGUGGGAGCAGGAGCAGAGCGAUGAGAGCGUCUUCCAUCCCCAAACAUGAGCUGCCUCCAUCCAUCCUCUCACCGUCUGCGCUCUUAUUCUGAAAAUCUGACUGCCUCGUUUCUUAAUUACGUAAGAAAACCAGGAGGAUCAUGAGAGGAAGUCUGGAGAUUUGAAGGUUUAAACUGUUUUAAUUUUAGAUUUUAUCAGAGUGAAUUUAAAAUCGAGCAUCAGGAUGAAUCCUUUUAGAUGUCAGAUCAAUAACUAGAUCAUUUUUCAAAGCUUGAAUAACAGUUUCUCUGAGUUCUGAUCGUUUUCUGCUUUGAUAAAUACGGCAGCCCUGCAUCAAAACCAACGUUUUAGGUCAAUUAUCAGUGUUACACCCCUCUAAACGUGCUGUUAGUUAACUAUGGAGAGAAUUUCUAACAUAGUAAAUGUAAAUAAGUGUAGAGUUGUUUACUGAUUUAUCAGGAGUGUGUCCCUGUUAGUCAAUCUUUUUUACUGUUCUAUAAUGAGACACUUUAAAGCCGACUCUAACCUGCUGAUGACGUCCACAAACACUUUAAUUUUAUCUCUGAGUUUUUCUGAAGACUUUUAUAUUCUAAUCUUUCUGUCCUCUAAUAAAUGCAGAUGAUUUAUUCUAUUUUCAGAACCAGCCUGCCUUAGGAUCUCAAAAUCAAUCAAGGUGGAUCAUUUUUGACAAUAAAUAUUGAAAUAUUUCAUUCAAAA